AUUUAAACCAUGAAUUUGAUAAUGGAAUGGUGAAGAAAAUUUGAUAAUUUAAACCAUGAAUUUAUGGGGGUGUGAUUUUGAUAAAAACGUGAUUUUCUUUCUUAAUUCUUAUAAACCUCCUUUUCUAAAUGAUCUUAUGCGUCAUCCAUUCCUCUAUAUAAAAACCCUUUCACAUUUUUAAUUCAACGAAGGAGAGACACCAUCAGUCCUGGACACCAUCUAUCUCAAUCGCCGGUACGAUUAUGGCUCCGUCCGGUUUAAUCGGUUUAGCCUUAUGGGUUUUAAUCUUCUUCGGUAUUUCCAUUGCUCCCCUCGACGCUCGUGGACAUGUGGGCUGGCUUGCCGGAAAGCCGCCGCAGAGGACUGCUUCCAGCGGCAUAUGUGCUUCUUCUGUCAUCAUAUUUGGUUACAAGUGCGAAGAACAUGAUGUGGUGACUUCAGAUGGAUACAUACUGAAUAUGCAAAGGAUACCGGAAGGAAGAGCCGGCCCCGGAGAUGGGUCGACGAGACAGCCUGUCCUUAUACAACAUGGAAUACUUGUCGAUGGGAUGUCGUGGCUGUUGAAUCCGGCGGAUCAAAAUCUACCGUUGAUUUUGGCUGAUCAAGGAUUUGAUGUGUGGAUGGGAAACACAAGAGGGACUCGGUACAGCAGGAGACACAAAUACCUUAGCCCUCAUCAACCGGCUUUCUGGAACUGGUCGUGGGACGAGCUCGUGAGUUUCGAUCUGCCUGCUAUGUUUGACCAUAUCCACGGCCUAACAGGCCAAAAGAUCCACUACCUCGGACAUUCUUUGGGUACUUUGAUAGGAUUUGCGUCGUUCUCGGAAAAAGGGUUAGCGGAUAAAUUGAGAUCAGCAGCGAUGCUGAGUCCUAUUGCGUAUCUCAGCCACAUGACCACCGUAUUAGGCAACAUCGCCGCCAGAAGCUUCCUCGCCGAGGCUACGGCCAUUAUUGGAGUGGCAGAGUUUGACCCCAAAAGUGGACUAGUAGGGGAUUUUAUUAAGGCUAUAUGCCAUCAAGCGGGAAUCGACUGUUAUGAUUUAAUCGCUGUCAUAACCGGCAAGAAUUGUUGCCUUAACGCAUCAACCAUUGAUCUGUUCCUCGCUAACGAACCUCAACCUACUUCCACCAAAAACAUGAUCCACCUUUCUCAAACGGUAAGAGACAAGGAGUUGAGAAAAUUCAACUAUGGAAGUGGUAAUCGCAACAUGAAGCAUUACGGCCAAGCGUUGCCGCCAGCUUACAACAUAUCGGCGAUCCCACACGACCUUCCGCUUUUCUUCAGCUACGGCGGUUUAGACAGCCUGGCCGAUGUUACGGACGUCAAGUAUCUCAUCGACCAGUUUAAGUUUCACGACGUCGAUAAGAUCGAUGUGCAGUUUGUGAAAGAAUAUGCUCAUGCUGAUUUCAUCAUGGGUGUUACAGCCAAAGACGUUGUUUAUAACCAAGUUGCUACCUUUUUCAAACGACAAGCUUGAUUUUAGUAUCGUUAUUAGUUUACAUGUAGUUGCAUGCGUGCCCAUAUAUAUCCUUCAAUUGUUUUUCCCCAAAUAAACGGGAAAAAUAAAAUAAAAAAUUGUUAAAAAUAAAAAGUAAUUUAUUUAUUUUUUUGUUAAAUAAUAACUGUCGUCUAAUUUAAACUAAU